CUGCGAAGUGGCAUUCCAGACUCCCUCGGACCGGACUUUCAGGUGGAAAUUUGCCAAGGAUGUGAGAACUGAUGACCUUUUCCUCUUCCAUGAUCUGAAUUUUGGGAUCACUCCUUCCCUCAUUAUCCGGCCCACCCAAGGGUCGCAUAAGGGAACUUUUGUCUGCCAGAUGGCCGAAGAGGAUGAUGUGCUGAUCCGGAAGUACUUCUACCUUAAUGUGACAGAGAAAAGGCUUGGGCUGGAGAAAGAGCUGCAGGAGAUGUUCAAAGCCAUCCUGAAUCCUCCACCACAGGCAGGACCAGAUGAGGUUGAGAAGAACAAGCCCACCUUUCAAGAGAUGCUCUCUGAGCCAAAUGCUCUGAGCAACAAGAACGUCAUCCUGAUUAUGAUUGGGAUAGCCUUGAGUUCCAUGUUGGUAACCAUGGUAGGACUGACAAUUUAUCAAUGGGCGACAGGCAUCAAAUCCUGAACUAGGAAGAACUUCUCAGAAUUUUACUCCUCCUGCCUUUAUUUCCUCCCUUCUGCCUCCACCAAGAUGCUGGUAUCAUCACUAUGGCAAAA